AUGAUGAGCGGACGAAUUUUACCCCGGGCCACCCGAGAAAUCCUUCGAUCUUUUCGAAGAACAGUGUCAACGACAGCUGUUUCCUCUGCACAAGCUGCUGCAGCCAGCGAAGCAAAGAAUGAAGACCCAGCUGUGCAGCCUUUACUAUNACCCCUGGUUGUGGGGAUGGGGGAGGCAUGUGCUGUGGCUAUGGAGGAGAUGGAGUAUGACCACAAACGUAUCAGUAAACUAGCGCAGCGUCUGCUAGAUAAGAUAACGACAGCCCUGCCAGAUGUCAUCAGAAAUGGCGACCCCGAGCACAUGUAUCCUGGGUGUAUUAACCUGUCCUUUGCCUACGUAGAAGGCGAGAGUUUACUGAUGGCACUCAAAGAUGUGGCUCUGUCAUCUGGGAGUGCCUGCACGUCUGCCUCCCUAGAGCCUUCCUAUGUAUUGAGAGCCAUAGGAGCUGAAGAAGACCUGGCCCACUCCUCUAUCAGGUUUGGGAUUAGUCGCUUUACCACAGAAGAGGAAAUAGAUUACACAGCCGAGAAGUGCAUUGAACAUGUGCAGAGGCUAAGGGAGAUGAGCCCUCUGUGGGAGAUGGUACAGGAGGGGAUUGAUCUCAAGUCCAUCCAGUGGUCACAGCACUAGUGGACACAGUGGACAGCACAAGUGGACAUUGACCACAGUAGGUUUCACAUCAGUGUACAGUGACCACAUUAGACAUGAACCUAGCGGACAAUGACCAUUCUGAACUUAGUACAAGUAAAUGUAGAAAGUGACCAUGGUGAAUGCAACACCAGUGGACAGUGGAUGCAGUAUUAGUGGACAUUGCCCGCAGUGGACAUAACAAUCUAUGUUAAUUGGACACAGGUCUGUUUUGGUCACCAGACCAGUGGUGAGAGAUGCAUGUUAUUGAUCACCACACACUCACGCACACACACAGACAUUAGGGUAUAUUAACCAAGAAGUGCUGCAACACUGAAAAAUAAAUAUACAUUUGGAAUUCCAAAAAAAAAAAAAAAAUGGGAUUAGUCCACAGGUAGCGAAUAUGGUGACCACAGGGUAUUUGGUCAACCAGUUAUUUGAUUACUGGCUUACCUCCAUUAACUUGUAGCAAAUUUUGUGAAAUCUGAAUAUUGAAUAUAAUGGUGGUUAUGAGACUGUGAUGGAGAAAGAAAAUAUUGACACGUUAUUUUGAUGUGGAAUUUCACAAAAUGUGAUAUAAAUAUAAUUUUAUUAGAACAGUUAACCAUGGUAUAACUAUAACACGUGUAUGUUCUUUCUAAGAAAAAAGUAAUGACAAGCAAACUACAGAUAAGCACUGAUGUCUACUGGAGUCAAAUGCUCUCCAAACCAGUCUGUAUUUGUAAAUUGAUUGCUCUUAAAAUUCGAAUCUAGAAAUCACUUUGUACAGAUAUGGCAGAAAUACAUGUAUACCGUUAGUAAUGCCUUUCACCAGACAAUGGGUGUUUCCAGUGUUCAUGAAAUGCAUGUGAACUUAGUAUUUAUCUAUCCCUGUAUCAGCCAAUGUGACAUACUGUGAACUCUUGUACAGUACAGUAAAUAAAAAAGAAAGAGAAAAGGUAAAUAAAGAAGGAAAAGCCAUAAGCUAAUUGCUGUAUUAUGUUUAUGCCAUGAAGAUGAAGACUGAUUGUAGAUAAUAAAAUUCUUGGAUUUAAA